GUCGGACUGUCGGAGCUGAACACCGGGGCCGCCGAGCGUCUGAAACCGAGCCGUGAAGGUUAAACUGUGGACAUGUGGAACCCUCCAGAACUCCAGAACAUGGUCCUGCUCCUGUUCCUCACUGUGAUCUGCUGGAUGUCUGUGGACUCUGAGUCUGCAGGUUCAGUCCAGAGAAACAUCUCAGCUGUUGAAGGACAAACUGUCUCUCUGCCGUGUGAAGCUCCGAACCAGGAGACCAUCAGAGUGGUAGAGUGGACCAGACCGGACCUGGGGGAGAACCCGGAUGUUUUGUCAUACAAAUAUGGACACUUUGAUCGAGAUAAUCAUCGUUCUUAUAAGAACCGAGUGGAUCUGAAGAAUGUGAAGGACGGAGACGUGAGUCUGAUCAUGAAGAACGUGGCCUUCAGGGACAGUGGGACAUACAAGUGUUUCAUCGCCCAGGGAGGAGAAAGUAACAACAUAAAGCUCAUCAGCUCCAUCUCUCUCUCAGUGGUUCCUCCAGGAGACCCAGGAGGACAAGGAGGGGGUGGAGGACAUGUUGGUCUGAGUGUUGGUCUGACUGUAGCUGCUCUGGUUGUUGUUGGUGGUGCUGUUGUGAUGUUUCUAAGACACCAGCAGAAGAAGAAGUCUCCUCCUCCUCCUCCUAAUUCUGAUCCAGAUCUUGAUGAACCUUUGAAUCAGUUUGAUUCUUAGAUUCUUUGAUUCUUCUGUUGACUCCUGAUCCUGCUUGAUGAAGACGACGGAGACCCAGAAGAUCAAACUGGUCUCAGAGUCUCCAUCUUUCACUCUCACACACUGUAGUUAAACUACGUAGUUAACAUGUUUAGUCAAACAGGACAGCAUCGUAAACACAUUUUAACAGAGUGAACAAAAUCCCAGCAUGCACUGCGGUGCAAUGUCACCCUUUGGAACCCUUUCUGCAAAAGUUCGCUUGAUCUUUAUUUUCAGUCUGAGUACAGACCGUGAAAUCGGGGCCUCACGAUCCUUCUGACUUCUUGGGUUUUAAGCAGGAGGUGUCAGAAAAGUUCCCACAGGGAGAACUGGCUUGUGGCGGCCAAGCGUUCAUAGCAACAUCGCUUUUUGAUCCUUCAAUGUCGGCUCUUCCUUUGAU